AUGAGAGGUAUUGCUUGGAACUGUAGAGGGUUAGGGCAUACCUCUACAGUUCAGGAAUUAAAGUCCCUCAUCCGGUCUCGAGCUCCUGAUUUUCUCUUUCUUACCGAGCUUAAGGUGGAUGCUAAUCCUCUGGUACGUAUUCUUAAGUCCCUCCAUUUUUAUUAUAAUAUUUGUGUUCCGUCUAGAGGCAAUGCGGGUGGUAUUAUAUUGGCUUGGAAGGUUGGGUUUAUUUUUGAAUGUAUUUCGUGUUCUUGUAAUCAUAUCUCGGGGAUAGUGUAUUCGGAUCCCGCUUCCCACCCUUGGUUCCUUUCGUGUGUUUAUGGUCCCCCAUACCUUCAUGCUAAGAAAAAAUUCUGGUCUGAGUUCUUGAAAAUUGGUGAUAGAUUUGGGGGGCCUUGGCUUAUCUUGGGGGACACAAAUUUUGUUCUUAAUGCCUCUAAAAGGGAAGGCUCGUCUGGCCGUGACCCUUUUAUCCCGAUCAUCUCUAAUCUUAUGGACACCAGAGGUCUUAUUAUUAUGUCAAUUCAAGGGGACAACUUGACCUGGGAUAACCAUCGGUCUGGGAGGCUUCAUGUGAAAUCUGCUUUGGAUAAAGGUUUAGUCAAUGGAGCCUGGCUGAACUUAUUCCCUAGGGCUAUCCUUUGCUCAACCCAGACUAGUAAUUCUGACCAUAGGCCCUUAUGCCUUCUAUCAGAUGGUCCGGCGACCAAGGUUAAAAGGUUCUUUAAAUUUGAGGAAGGAUGGACUCGGGACCCUAGAAGCAAUCUGGUGGUGGCCAAUGCUUGGAAGUCGGUUAAUCACAAUUAG